AUGAAAAUUUUUUCCCCACGAAAAAAUUCUUCAAAUAACAGGUAUUCAAACCAGCAGCAGGUGCUUCAGCCGUUGAUAUGCUUAUUAAUACCAUAUUUAUCAUAUCUGGUGGCCGAAAGUGUUCACAUGUCCGGCAUUCUUGCGAUCGUACUUUGUGGGUUAAUGAUGAAGCCAUAUCUGGCUGGUAAUUUAUCAAAUCAAUCACUAGUCACCACGCGCUAUUUCCUCAAAACUCUUUCAACAAGUUGUGAGGCGAUAAUAUUUGUGUUCCUCGGCUUGUCUACGGUAUCCAAGAAGCACGACUGGGACUACAUCUUCAUCACCUCAACACUUCUAGCCUGCUUUAUCUGCAGAUUCAUCGGUGGGUUUGCAACUGCACUAGCUAGGCAUCAUUGUGAGGCGAUAAUAUUUGUGUUCCUCGGCUUGUCUACGGUAUCCAAGAAGCACGACUGGGACUACAUCUUCAUCACCUCAACACUUCUAGCCUGCUUUAUCUGCAGAUUCAUCGGUGGCAGAAUGUUUGCAGGGACGUAUUUUUUGACAUAUUUGGCAAAUCGGGGUCGGCAGCAAAAAAUAAGUCUUGUGGAUCAGUUUAUCAUGGCUUAUGGUGGUCUGCGAGGCGCCAUUUGCUACGGGCUAGUAAUGACGCUUGACAAAGAUGCUGUACUCGCCAAAGAGAUGUUCGUCUCAACCACUGUUAUCGUCAUAUUGUCGACAGUUUUUUUGCAGGAUUUCACCACCGGACAAUUAUGUGAAACUGUAAAAAGCGGAUACCUGAAUCAUAAUGCUGAAAGUCCUCUCGCGCCGUGA